UCCGCUGGGCCCAGGGACGCGCCGGCGGCGGCGAGACACCGAGGCUGCGGCGCCGCCUGCUCGCGCGCCGGGUCCGCAGAGUCUGGUCCCCGCGCUUCGCCCACACACAUCGCCUCCGCCAUGGGCUCCUGAGGCUGGUGCGUCGCUUGCUUCGAGGGUGCCUCUCAGGGAAGCCCCUGCCGCCGACACCAUGACGGUGAGGGGGGCUGUACUGGCCCCGGACCCAGCCUUGCCCACGACCGCAGCAGCCUCCCCCAGCGUCUCGGCCGUCCCCGAGGGCAGCCCCACGGCCAUGGAGCAGCCCGUGUUCCUGAUGACCACCGCCGCCCAGGCCAUCUCGGGUGUCUUCGUGUGGACGGCCCUGCUCAUCACCUGCCACCAGAUCUACAUGCACCUGCGUUGCUACAGCUGCCCCAACGAGCAGCGCUACAUCGUCCGCAUCCUCUUCAUUGUGCCCAUCUACGCCUUCGACUCCUGGCUCAGCCUCCUCUUCUUCACCAACGACCAGUACUACGUGUACUUUGGCACCGUGCGUGACUGCUAUGAGGCCUUGGUCAUCUAUAAUUUCCUGAGCCUGUGCUAUGAAUACCUUGGAGGAGAAAGUUCCAUCAUGUCUGAGAUCAGAGGGAAGCCCAUUGAGUCCAGCUGUAUGUAUGGCACGUGCUGCCUCUGGGGAAAGACCUAUUCCAUUGGAUUCCUGCGGUUCUGCAAACAGGCCACCCUGCAGUUCUGCGUGGUGAAGCCACUAAUGGCCGUCAGCACCGUGAUCCUCCAGGCCUUCGGCAAGUACCGGGACGGUGACUUUGACGUCACCAGCGGCUACCUCUACGUGACCAUCAUCUACAACAUCUCUGUCAGCCUGGCCCUCUACGCCCUGUUCCUCUUCUACUUCGCCACCCGGGAGCUGCUCAGCCCCUACAGCCCUGUCCUCAAGUUCUUCAUGGUCAAGUCUGUCAUCUUCCUCUCCUUCUGGCAAGGCAUGCUCCUGGCCAUCCUGGAGAAGUGUGGGGCCAUCCCCAAGAUCCACUCGGCCCACGUGUCGGUGGGCGAGGGCACCGUGGCCGCUGGCUACCAGGACUUCAUCAUCUGCGUGGAGAUGUUCUUUGCUGCCCUGGCCCUGCGGCAUGCCUUCACCUACAAGGUCUACGCUGACAAGAGGCUGGACGCACAAGUGCCAACAUACGGCCCUUACGGCCGCUGUGCCCCCAUGAAGAGCAUCUCCAGCAGCCUCAAGGAGACCAUGAACCCACAUGACAUUGUGCAGGAUGCCAUCCACAACUUCUCACCCGCCUACCAGCAGUACACGCAGCAGUCCACUCUGGAGCCGGGGCCUGCCUGGCGUGGCGGCGCCCAUGGCCUCUCGCGCUCCCACAGCCUCAGUGGUGCCCGUGACAAUGAGAAGACACUGCUGCUCAGCUCUGAUGAUGAGUUCUAGGUGCUGGCUACUGGCAGCAGGAGCAUGGGCGGCCUUGGCCGCGUGCGCCCUCCCACUGGCCUUGGCUGGGAGAUGGGCCAGCACAGCUUUGACAUUGCUCUUUAAUUUAUUGGACUAGAAACACCCACAUAUCGCUUCCAGUGGAACAGCCAGAUGCCGUCUGCCCAGGGGACAACCCGGGUGCACCCACGGCCUUCAGGAAUAUUUAUUCAUGGCCACCCUGCACUGCCUGGGCCAGGGCCUGAGAGAACUAAAAGCCAUUCUCCUGCCGUGUGUCCUGAGGCAGGGGUGGCUUGCUGGGACCAGCCAUGCCCAGGCCCAGAGGCUUGCGCUGGGGACUAGUGGCUGCAGCCUUCUGAGACCCCUCCCCAGAACAGCGCCCCUCCCCCUAGGACACCACCAUGUUGGUCAUCAGCGCAAACCCCCCAGCACAGUUCCGGGCAAGGGGCAGCCCCUGCCCAACACACCGUGCAAUACUCUGACUGGGCGCUCCCCACUCACCGCCCUCCCCGUCCACCCUGCCCCAAGGCUCGAUCAGCCCCAGACGGGUGGGAGCAGGCAGGAGAGGGGCACCGGGCUCUCUGUGGCGGCCUCUCCUGGGGGGCCUGCCUGGCAUGCUGCGAGGGUCAGAGCUGCGGGGCCCCCCAGGAGGCCACCCUGCUGUGGAUGCGGCCUCUCUGCGCAGGGUCCUCUGGCCCCUGGGUGUCCUCCCUGGGGCUGCACCUUCGCCUGCCUCAUGCCCCCUCCUGGCCUGCAGAGCUCAGCCAGCGGCCACACUGCCCUCCUGCCCAGGGCCUUUUUGCUGACAGAGCUUUGGGCAGCUUGCUUCCUGGGUGCCCAGGGAGUCAGGGGCUCCCCACCCUCCUACCCAGGCUGAGCUCUGGGAAUCUCCCGGGGGGGUUGUCCUUCCAUUUCAGAGGAAAGGUCUGAGGCUCCACGUUUCAGACCAGCUUCCAUAGGAACGUGGUCCAGCAGGAGCGGGGCAGUAGGGGUGGGGCACGCAGCAGGGGGAGCUGGGAAUGGGAGGGGUGGCUCCAAACUCUUCUCGGCUCCCCCACUCACAGAGGGCCUGCAUCCUGCCUUGUCUGCCCCCCAGCCCAUCUCUUCUGUGCCUUAGUCACACACAUGAAAACAACCCUCCCUAGACCCCAGUCCCUCGCAGGCACUUCCUGGGUGGUGGUUGUGGGGGGGUCCCCUGUUAGGCUGCUGGUGGAUCCUGCAGUGCUGGGCCAAGCUCCCUGGCAGGGCCUCAGGAGUGGCCCAGACCACCAGUGCCCCCGCAGGCCCCUGGAGUCCCAGGCGGGCCAGCUGGCCCGGGCUCCUGCCUCAGGGCGAGCCUUGUGUGUGGGGCGUGCUCCAGCAGGCCAAGCAUCCUGUGGAACCAGGUAGCACUUGGUUUGGACGGCAACAGCCUCGAGGAGGACGUGGGGGGAGAAAGGGCCCCUGCUGGUGCUGUCUCCUGGUCACUGCUGGAAUGAACAGGCCCCCUCCCUGGGGGCUGAGACAAGGAUCAGGGUGAGGCGAUUCCAUCCCAGCUGUCUUCCCGGGCCUCUUUCCAGCCCUCUUGGCCAAGCCUGCUCCCUGGGGGUCCACGCAGGCCUGCGGGUGGGUACUGGACGUCAGCUCCCAGGCGUCUGGCUGGCACCACGCUGCCUGGGAAGGCUGUGGGCAGAUGCAGUCUCUUGGAGGACAAAGCUCUGUCCCCACUCCCAUCAUUUGCUUUCACAGAUCUGCUUUUUCACCUUGUUUCUCUUUCUUCCAGGCCAAAGUGUGUUGCUGAUUCCCUGCCCCACCUUGGUCUUUGCUCACCCUGGCGCUUGCCCACCAGCACGGUGGGUGGGGGAGCUAGUGGCAGGGAACUGGUGGUCCGUGGGGGGAUGGGCUCUGGGAACCGGUGCCCGGUGGCUCCAGGCCCCCCCCACCCAGGAUGCAAAGCUGACCUUGUCAUUUUUAAAAAAAAAUUUUUUCCAGAUAGAGUAGGUCUUUGUACAUAAAAAAAAAUACUUGAAAAAUUAACUGAUGUAUGAGAAGACAGAGUCCCUAGUUUUGUAUCUCGUGUACGAAUGCCAUGAGUUCCACCAGAAAGCCACUCUAUUUUGGUCUCUGUGACAUUUUAAAUGCGUGACAGAAGUGAGCAAAUAAAGUGAGAAAGAAAUAUAUAUAUGAGAGAAUAUAGAUUGUACUGAAACCUC